CGGAGAAUUAUGCAGAUUUAUUGUUCGCAAUUGCAAGCUACACGAACGUUUAUUCACUUUCAACGUAAUGCUAAACACGGUCCUAUUUGGGUUACUUGACUAUAUGAGACUAAUAUUCGCUGACGAGUCGCGUGACGUCUCACAAUAUAAUAAUUCCGCAUUGCACCUGGCAGCCAGUCAAGGUUUUGCAGGUAUAGUGCAGUACCUUCUCGCAGAUGUGCGCGUGAGUCCUGAUGCACUGGACAAUCGCGCGCUAACUUCAGCGUCAGAUAAAAGUCAUACGGAAGUUGUGCGCGUGCUAUUAAAUGACGCGCGCGUGGACCCCACAGAGAAUCACGACUCUAUACACGCUGCGAUUACAACAGACCAUCCGGAGGUGGUAGGGUUACUAUUGGCGGAUCCUACAGUCCGCACGACGGAUGUGGAUCGAUCUGUACUUAAGUGUGCUGCCAGGCAAGAUUUCCGAGACGUGGUUAGUUUUUUUUUAGCCAGGGGAUGACCUCGUGUUUCCAGACAAUUCGAACAAGCAUAUCAGAAGUUGUUGUAUCCGGUAGAGGUGUCGUUUCUUCUCAAGGGGACACAAUCAACAGUCACCAAAGUUCAUUCACUUAAAUGGUCAUUUUAAAGUUUACAAUUAGAGGAUCGUUUAGUCCAGUACAAUAUAUAUAAUCAAAAAAAUCGCCGCAGUGUAAGAACGAAAAAUUCGCCAGCAGCUAUGCGUACUUGUAUUCGUAUUCUACAUUCUUGAUCAGCGUGUGCAACAUGCAAUGCUGAUGUCCUACGGACUUGUCCGUUCUCCUUUAAAUUGUACACUUCUAGAGAGGGUCGUGUGCUGAAGGUUAUGUUUACUUAUUGAUUAUUAUACAUGAG